ACAGAAAGAAAAGCCCGAAAGAAAAUCUUGGCCAACUCUGUCAGUACAGAUACUCUUCCACCUCAAAAUUCUCACUAACCGUUUUGACUACUUCCUUCCGAUCGUAAGCUCUCACUGAACUGUAAGGAAGGAUCGAGUGACCGACGCACUCGACUCGAUAUGACCACCUCUACGGCGAUCGAUGUGCCGGAAACCGAGUCGCGGCCGCUGUUGGACGACUCGGCCAACGUCGUGGGCGGCGGCGUAGUCGACUACAAAGGCCGCCCUGCCGACCGCUGCAACUCCGGCGGCUGGACCUCCGCACUUUUCCUCAUAGCUGUGGAAUUGGCGGAGAGGUUUACGCAUACCGGGAUAAGUUCCAACCUUAUCACAUACCUAACGGGGUCAAUGGGUAUGUCGAAGGCCACGGCGGCGGAGAAUGUGAAUACUUGGGGCGGUGUGGCCACAAUGUUGCCGCUGUUGGGUGCAUUCAUAGCCGAUUCGUAUCUGGGUCGAUAUCGAACGAUUUUGAUUUCUUCUCUGCUCUACGUCCUGGGACUCGGCUUGAUGACUCUUUCUGCUGUGCUUCUUUCUCUCAGCUCUUCUGACAGUAAAAAUGGUGCAGAAAUCAUGUCAUCUUCCCCUUCUCAGUUCCAAGUAAUAUUCUUCUUCGUCUCACUCUAUUUAGUAGCAAUUGCCCUAGGAGGCCACAAGCCCUGUCUUCAAGCUUUUGGAGCUGACCAGUUCGAUGGACAAGAUCCAAAAGAGAGCAAAGCGAAAAGCUCAUUCUUCAAUUGGUGGUAUCUUGGUUUGGUUACAGGUCCGACAGCAGCAUUGUUAUUCGUAAACUACAUUCAGGACAACCUUAGCUGGGGUCUUGGGUUUGGAAUCCCAUGCAUUUCCAUGAUGAUUGCGCUGGUGGUAUUCUUGAUGGGAACUAGAACAUAUAGGUACGCCAUCAUUCGCCGCGAAAACAACCCGUUCUUCAGAAUCGGUAAGGUUUUUUCUAGAGCCGCUAGAAAUUGGCGAGCUAGUUCUUCAUUGAUACUUGUUGAAAUGGAAGCGCAAGGAACCCUGCCUGACAAAAAUUCUCAGCAAUUCAGGUUUCUCUACAAAUCCUUGCUUAAAUCGGUUGGCUCAGAGGACGACGGGGGUGAGUGUAGGAUCAGUGAUGUUGAGGAUGCAAAGAAAAUUCUAAGGCUGGUUCCAAUAUGGUUUUCGUGUUUAUUCUAUGCUAUUAUAUUCGCUCAGUCAUCCACUUUCUUUACCGAGCAAGGAAGUACUCUGGACAGAACAAUUUGGACAGGCUUGGAGAUACCGUCUGCUUCCCUCAAGUUGUUUAUGACCUUUUCUGUCAUGGUCUUCGUUCCCAUCUACGACCGGGUUUUUGUUCCCCUCACAAGAGCUCUAACUGGAAAACCCUCCGGAAUAACAAUGCUUUGGAGAAUUGGAAUAGGAAUGUUUGUAUCCAUACUUUGUAUGAUUACUGCUGCUUUAGUUGAGAUAAAAAGGCUUGCAACUGCUGUGGAGUACGGGCUUGUUGAUGACCCAGAUGCAACCAUUCCAAUGAGUUUCUGGUGGUUGGUUCCUCAGUAUGUGUUGCUUGGGAUGGCCGAUGUGUUCACUUUAAUUGGUUUGCAAGAGUUUUUCUAUGAUCAGGUGCCAGCCGAGUUGAGGAGCGCAGGUAUCUCUCUUUACCUCAGUAUACUUGGAAUAGGGAAUUUCUUGAGUAGCUUUCUCAUCUUUAUCAUCGACGAAACUACGGGCGGAGAGGAAGGAGGCGGUUGGUUUUCGGAUAAUUUGAAUCGUGCGCAUCUUGAUUACUUCUAUUGGCUGCUUGGUGGACUCAGUGCUGUUGGACUGGUUUCCUUUUCAUUCAUUGCAAAAUCUUACAUUUAUUAGUGAGGAGGUUUAGAUAGUCAUGGCGAUUAUGGUAAAUAAAAUAAAUUGUACUAAUAGAUGGGACUUGUUUUCAGCAAAGUUUGGCUUUUUCUUCUUUUCUUUUA